AUGCAAGAUGGAAUGUGUGCUGCGUGCGUCGAGGGCUCGUGCGCAGCGCGAACUGGGCGGUCUUCUCCUCCACCUCGGCGGGUUCCCGUCGCCGGUGGCAGUUUUCCGAAGAACACCAACCCAAAACACACUCAACCGACAACACCAACACACUCCCCCACUUCCGAUCUCAGUCCAUCCAUCUUCAUCCUCACUAUCAUGCUCCACGCCUUCCCCCAACAAACGCAACAGCAACAGCAACAGCAACAGCAGCAGCAGCAGCAACAACAGCCAGCCAGCCAAUCCUACUUUCGUUCAUCACCACCUGCUAAUCCCAUUCAGUCUCAGCCAGGCCACCUAAACUCAGCACCGCUCAACUCAAAUAGCCAGAACCGCUUGAUCAACAACAGCAGUGCUAGCAGCACCAACACCAACAAUCAGUCUGCUCACAACUUCAGCAACCUCCACCUCGGCUCGCUCAUCAGUCCAAACCUCAGCUCAAACUCACAUCAACAACGCAAUCUACUCCUUGGCGCUCUCAACAGCCCCAUCGCACCCCUAUCGGCUUCUAGGGAGUCGUACGGCUCGCUGAUCAACCCCAACAACAGCUCGACGCCCUCUCAAAUUCAAAAUGGCAUCGCCAGCCGAGUAGAUACACCAUCCUUAAUUGGUCCACCCUCCGUGAAUACCCCAAGCUCUGCUGGACUGCCUAUCAACGUACCCCCGCAUAUCCUCUCGAAUUCAAGUGGCAAGCUGCUCUUGUCAUCAUCCAAGCAUGGCUCGCCAACCGGCGCCGAGCAUCCCAAGAACUCGCAACCCGAGAACGAAAAGAUUCACUACUUGAUCGUCGACCUCUUGAACCCACUCACCAGAGAAUUGGCCCUCUUGGAACUCAGCAAGAAGCGCGAACAAUGGGACGACCUCGCUCUCGUCUUAUGGCACUCAUUUGGUGUUAUGUCUUGCUUAUUGCAAGAGAUCGUCGCCGUCUAUCCACUCCUAUCGCCUCCUUCCUUAACCGCCAAUGCAUCCAACCGGGUCUGUAACGCACUUGCACUCCUCCAAUGUGUUGCAUCCCACAACGAGACUCGAGCGUUAUUCUUGCAAGCGCAUCUGCCCCUAUUUCUUUACCCGUUCCUGAACACCACCUCGAAGACCCGGCCGUUCGAAUACCUCCGACUGACUUCGCUCGGGGUCAUCGGCGCCUUGGUGAAGCAGAAUGACAACUCAGAGGUGAUCAACUUCUUGCUCUCCACAGAGAUCAUCCCCUUAUGUCUCCGGAUCAUGGAGACCGGCUCUGAGUUGAGCAAGACCGUCGCCAUCUUCAUCGUCCAAAAAAUCCUCCUCGACGAGAUGGGCCUCGCCUACAUCUGUCAGACUUAUGAACGCUUCUAUGCUGUCGGGACAGUGCUCAGCAAUAUGGUCAACCAGUUGGUCGAGACCCAGGCUGUGAGACUCUUGAAGCAUGUUGUGAGAUGUUACUUGAGAUUAAGUGAUAACUUGAGAGCUAGAGAAGCUUUAAGAGCUUGUUUACCCGAACCAUUACGAGAUGCAACGUUCAGUCAAGUCUUGAAGGGAGACUUAAUCACGAAACGGUGUUUGGCUAGUUUGCUAUUGAACCUAUCUGACCGAGUCGAAUAG